UGUCGCCCUCCGACGCCUCCACUUGCGCCCUCUACUCCCAUCAAUGUCCCGCACGGCAUGUUCAAGUUCAAUCAAUAUGCCAGCGAUGUGUACACGGUCCCAGCGUAUGGCUCGAACACUCCCUACGUGCCGGCGGGCCAGAAUUCCGCAUCCACAUCCUCAGCCUCCUCCGUCCCCUGGACGCCCCGCACCGCCGCCGCACCCGUGUUCACCUUGGCGCAACAUGACAAACGGAAAGUACCCCUCGUCCAUCCCCAACGCUGCACAUGCACACGCCCCGGGAAUGUUGUUCCCAAGGCUGCGGUGUUGCUUUUCGCAUGUACAAGGGCAUUCUCUGCGAAGCGGGCACUGCUUGAGGACCUGUGUUCAGCAGACAUGAUGGGCCGAUGUAUGAAGGCGUCCCAGUACUCUUUCUCACGGACGAUCCUGGAAAUCUCACUCUGGUAAUGAGGAGACUCAUGCCGCCCCAAUGAAUGGGUGCCGCUCCUCCAAACCUGCUUGAGGUUGCCACCUGUCCGCAUAUAUCCAAGUAUGGGAUGGAAACAUUGAUCACGCACUGCCUGGACAUCCUAUUAGAUCGAUUCCCUUGCGACUUCUACGAAUGGCUGGACCUGGGAAGACCGCACGUUCCUACGCACACUAGAGGAGCAGUUGGAGUUCCUUGUGCGCCUCGAAGAAGCGCGACGGGCUGAAACACUCCCCUUACGCAACCCCCAACCUGACUCGGAUGGUAGCCUUUAGGAUAGCCCAGAAGAUAAUACACCAGCGCAUACAGACAAGAUGAGACGGUGCUCGAGAGCCAGAAGCGAGGGGAGAAAAGGACGUGAUUUGAUGACAACGGCGCUGGUCCACUGCCCAAGCGUAUCCCCCUCCAGCGGCACAAGGCGGUCAACCCACGCGUGAGGCCGAUAAGCUACCCUUCAGUUCACCUUCUUUCACCUUCUCUGCGACGCCUUCACAUGCGAAAUCAGCCAAUAAAGCACAUACCAUCGCCCUGCACGCUUUGUACCUCCCUUUCAUCCUUCCAUCUCACCCACAGGGCAGUCUCGCCCUCUCCGCUUCCUCAUGCUCCUCAGAGCCCCUCACGUCCUCGGUCGACUUGUACAUCCGGAGCGAAUGGCAGAGGACGUAGCAGAGAGGGAGAUUGACGAUGAAACACUCCCCUCUGCGGGCCCAUCCAUAGGACAAUGGGUGACCUUCCUAGCUGUCGUCACUCCUACCAAGACGCAGUCGUUCCCUGCGCCUACAGCCACCAGACGGUCUCCCCGCAGCGCAAAAAGCGGGAGAACUCCCGUUCUUGACGCCCGCAGGCGCUUGAGAAGGCUACUACAGUGAAUAGCAACGACUACGCGGACUAUUUCGCAGCCGUAGACAUGUCGGUGCAACCCGGCUUCGCCUGCAAUGCCACCAUCGUCGCCGAAGCCUCCGCGUUCCCACAGGACAUCGCCUACGACCACCACUACUCCAUUGUUGAACCCGCGCUUCGGUUGCUAAUCUGGCGUGUCCUCGGGUCGUAGUAGCGCCAUCCCUUCGACGCAGUGUUUCAGGCGGUUAUCGAGGUCGCCCGUCCCUGAGCGUCUGGCUAGUCCGAGAGCCACGGGCCAGCAUCGUCGCUCCUCCCGGUCCCAGCCACGAUUCCAGUCAGCGUUCUCUCCUGGUUGGAGGCGCGAUACGCACGAUAAGCCCCCAUGAAGACCGCCAAGCGAAGGGCGAGGCCGUAUAUCGUCGCACACGCCAUAUAUACACUCGUCGAUGAAACACAUGUAUAUACAUAGUUGCAUCUAACAUUGCGCUCUGUAUCUACAAUGCACUGCUUCAAGGAAGUUUGUACGACGAUAUGACUCCUGCAUGUCUUCGAAUAGUCAUCGCGAGCCGCAGUUACAAGUCUACGCGGAUUAGACUGACGAGCUGCCCCUAGUUCUAG